AUGGCGGAAUCAGAUGGUCAGAUGCAGCAGUUUCAGAGAUAUCUUUCGAAGGCGCGAAAAAUCCUUUGUAUUGUAGGAUCGGGUGUGUCUGCAAGCUCUGGAAUCGCCACUUACCAGCUCCAGAAGGGCUCGUGGCAUGGAUAUACUGCAUUGGAUCUGGCGACACCUGAGGCAUUUCAGAAUGAUCCUGGUUUGGUAUGGCUAUUUUAUUCAAACCGAAGAUACGAGGCGCUGCGCGCGAAGCCAAAUGAAGGCCACUACGCUUUAGCAGAGCUAUGCAGGCGGUACCCUAGCGGGAUUUCACGCAGGGGAGACUCUGCGUCUGGUCAGCACCCGCCAGCAUCUGUUAAUGAUAAAAAAAAGGUUCUUGUGGUGUCUCAAAAUGUCGAUGGGCUGCAUCAGCGAGCAGGCCAUCCGCCAGAAUCGCUGGUUGAACUGCAUGGUAGUGUUUUUGGGCUCAGGUGUACACAGUUUUUCUGCAAUUACCGGUCCAGGAACUCUAAUGAUCGAUUUCUUACGCCCGCAUUGUACAGGUAUACUCCAAGGAACCGUGGGGCAAACAAGAAAAGAACGAAGCGCGUUUCGCUGCAUGAUGGCACUGAAACCAAGAAAAGGCGUCUUGAUAGUACGGCCAAUGGGGUGCAAGGACAGGAGACAGAUUUGGAACCCCCUUCCUCUGAAGAGGAAUCCGAGCGGCCCGAAAUGUUUCCUACACUGGAACCCGGCGACCUUCCAAGCUGUCCCCAAUGUCAUCAGGGUAUUCUCCGUCCAGCGGUGGUAUGGUACGGAGAAUCGCUUCCCCUUGACCAAAUGGAUGAGGUGGACCAGUUUUUUAACAAGGGCGGUCCGGUGGAUCUAGUUUUAGUGAUCGGGACCUCUGGCAAGGUCUGGCCUGCCAUGGGCUAUGUGGAGCGUGCGAAGAAAUCCGGAAGCAGAGUGGCCAUUUUCAAUAGAGUUAUAGAAGACUUGGACCAGGUCCGCGACAGCAAGGACAUAUGGGGUUUCCAGGGCGACGCUGCGCAGUUAUUGCCUAAAGCGCUGAAGCCGCUAAUAGGCGAACGGUACAAACCUCGCGAUUGGAGAAGGCGCUGA